CAUGCUCUCUGUCAGCAGAGGGAGGGUGGACACUCUCGGGGCUGGGAAAGUAAAGGGCUGAGGGCCAGAGAGGAGCCCAAACCCCGCCGGGAGAGCGCGGGCGGCCCCCACGCAGGCCCUGGGCGGAGACCGAGAGCUGGGGGCGUGGUCCCUAGCGGGGUGGGACCUCAAGCAGGGACCUGGCCAGCUCGCGGGCCCAGACGUGGCGCAGUGGCCGGACGGUUCACCUCUAGCUUGCGGAUCAUCUUCGGCCGGGUUUCAAUGCGCCUCCCGCUGCUUUCGCCGCCUCUGCUGCUGCUCCUCGCGGCAGUCGCGGCCGCCACCACCGCCUUCCGGCCCGACUGGAACCGUCUACACGGCCUGGCCCGAGGCCGGGUAGAGACAUGUGGGGGAUGACAGCUUAAUCGCCUGAAGGAGGUGAAGGCCUUCGUCACCCAGGACAUCCCACUCUACCACAACCUGGUAAUGAAACACCUCCCGGGGGCCGACCCGGAGCUCGUGCUGCUGGGCCAACGCUUUGAGGAACUGGAGCGAAUCCCACUCAGCGACAUGACUCGCGAGGAGAUCAACGCGCUGGUGCAGGAGCUCGGCUUCUACCGCAAGGCGUCGCCCGACGAGGCUGUGCCCCCAGAGUACCUGCGGGCGCCCGCUAGGCCCGCCGAAGGCGCUCCUGACCGCGCUGACCUGUAGGUCUGGGGACGCGGCACCACCCUGCCUGAGCCCUGGGGACAGAAUGAAGCGCUCAGCGGCCCGGGAGCACCACCCUCGCUGAGGGCCGACGCCCAGUCCCCGAGCCAGCAGGGAUGGAGUUGCGGGGGUCCCUCCUAACCCUCUUUCUUCCCUUCCCAGCUCCACUAAAUCCCCUUCCGCCUUCA